AUGGAGCCGCCGAGCAUGGCCGUCCUGCGCCCGGCUGAGGCCACAGAGACGGGCCUCUUAUUGCAAGGGCACGUGUAUUUGGACUGCGGGUGCAGGAACGUCAUCGUGUCCUCCAGCCUUGUCCGCCAGGGUGAGCGGGGCUGGUGGGUGGGUGUUUUCCGCCACAGCGCCGAGGCCUGGAACGCCACCGCCAUCCACAGCCACAGCGCCAGGGCCUGGAACGCCACCGCUGUCUGCCUCUUCGGCAUGGAGGAGGUAACGGAGCGAGCCAACGUGUCUGCGCACUUCGCCAUGGACGGGAACAGCUACGAGGUGCAAUCAAUCAAGAAAUUACCUACCUUGAUUCACUCUGGAUUAGUGGCUGUUUAUGGCACUGUUGUUUUGAAUCAGAUGGUUCUCUUUUUGGGAACAGAAGAUGGACAGUUACUGAAGGCUAUUCUUAAUGAGGAUAUGGAAUCUAAUUGCCCAGAGGUUUUAUAUGAAAUUAAGGAAGAAACCUCCGUUUUCCCCAAACUUCGUCUUGAUCCAGUAGAUAAUAACUACAUCUAUCUGUCCUCUGCCAAUAAGGUGAGAAGAAUUCCAGUGGCCAAUUGCAGCAGAUACACUUCAGAGCAAGAAUGCUUAUCUGCAAAGGAUCCCUACUGUGGAUGGUGUUCCUUGAAUCAAAGGUGCACAUUAAAGGAAAAUUGUACACAUUCAAACAGCAUAAACGGUUGGUAUAACAUUUCAAAUGCACCUGAUAAAGAUCUGAAAAUCCUGCUGAGUUUCCCUGCCAAAAAUCAGAUUUCUGUGACUGCAAGUAUAAGCACAAUCCUUACUUUUUGUGUGAUAAAAAUUGUAAAACCUGUUGGAAUAUUUUAUGAAAAUGUAGUGCUGAAAAACUCAUCCUGUCUCUGCAAUCUGACCACUCCAGUGCAUAUCAGCAUUCAUUCCAUUCAACCUUUGUGGAUUUCUACAUUAGGCAAAAGUGAUAUAACAGUCAAAGGAGAAAACUUUACGCAAGCAUCAGGCAUAAAACUGAUACUGACUGGAAUCACUGGCUGUAAACCAGACGUCAUUCAAGUUAGAAAUGUGAUAAACGAUACACAAAUGACAUUUGCUCUCCCACCAACACGUAAAGAGGCCAAAAGUAUAUGUAUACAGGCUAAUGGGAAAAAAUGUUCACCACUUAUGACCCUGCGUUAUGUUUCACCUCCAUCAUGCUUUGGAAUCACACCAAAUACCUCCUGGAUCAGUGGUGGUCGCAGAAUUACUACAAUUGGUAGAAAUUUUAACGUGGUGGACAGUGUGAUUAUUUCAGAUGACCAGAGAUCAAACCUUACUGUGCUGGAGAGCUGCGUCUCUAGGUAUCCUGGAAAUGAAUCUGAGUAUCAUUACUUAACGCCAAGCCUAAGCCAUGCAACGGAGGGCAAAGUUGUUGAUAUGAUGUUAAAAGUGGAAACUACCUUUAUACCAUGUGUCAAAUUACACUAUCACCCUGACCCAGUCUUCAUUAACUACCAGCUACACACUGAGCUGGAUCCUGAUCUGGAAUUAAAAAUAUAUAAAGAAAACGACAACUUGAAUAUUUCCAAAACUGAGGUAGAGGUUUAUCUCUCAUACAUGAAUGGUGCACAGACAAAAAAGAUAUGGUUCACUGUCCAAAACAUUACCAAAAAACCAGAUCGUAGCACUAUACUGUGCAAAUACAAAAGGGAAGGAACAGACAAGAUUGACUUUUCCACAGUAAAAGUUUUUGUCAAAUUAGGAAAUUUUGAGCAUGAAGUCAAACCAACAUCAUCCCACAUAUAUUUAUAUGUUCUUAUUUUGCUGCCUAUUGUAGUGGGUGUCAUUAUAGUGGCAUUCAUAGUUACUAGAUACAAAUCCAAAGAGUUAACUCGUAAACAGAGUCAGCAACUUGAACUGCUGGAAUAUGAGAUUCGGAGAGAAAUACGUGAGGGAUUUGCUGAACUGCAGAUGGAUGAAUUAGACGUGGUGGAUAGUUUUGGAACUGUUCCCUUCCUUGACUACAAACACUUUGCUCUUAGAACUUUCUUUCCAGAGUCAGGAGGCUUUGCAUCCAUCUUCAGUGAAGACAUGCCACAGAGCAGAGACCAAACGAGCAAGGAUGAAAGCUUCAACAUGUUGCAUGCUUUAAUUUGUAACAAGAACUUUCUUGUUACUCUCAUUCACACCCUUGAAAAGCAGAAAAAUUUCUCUGUGAAAGACAGGUGCUUGUUUGCAUCCUUCUUGACUAUUGCACUACAAACUAAGCUAGUUUAUCUAACCCAUAUUUUGGAAGUGUUGACAAAGGACUUGAUGGAGCAGUCAAGCAAUGUACAGCCUAAGCUUCUGCUUAGACGAACUGAAUCGGUGGUAGAAAAAUUGCUGACAAACUGGAUGUCUGUCUGCCUUUCUGGAUUUCUCCGGGAGACAAUUGGUGAACCUUUCUAUUUGCUGGUGACAACCCUCAAUCAGAGGAUAAACAAAGGACCUGUUGAUGCGAUAACUUGCAAAGCUCUGUACACGCUUAAUGAAGACUGGCUGCUGUGGCAAGUGUCUGAAUUCAAAACAGUGGUAUUGAACAUUAUCUUUGAAAAGAUCCCAGAAAAUGAGAGUGGAGAUGCCUGCCAGACUAUCCAAGUUAAUGUUCUGGACUGCGACACCAUAGGCCAAGCCAAGGAGAAGAGCCUUCAGGCUUUCCUUAAUAAGAAUGGCUUUCUCUAUGGUCUUCAGCUGGAUGAAAUCGGUCUUGAACUUGUGUCUGAGGAGCAGCAAAGAGAAUUGUUAGACAUUGAUGGUUCUUCAGAGGUGAUGGAGGAUGGGAUAAGGAAGCUAAAUACCAUCGGUCAUUAUGAGAUUUCAAAUGGAGCAACCAUAAAAGUCUUCAAAAAGAAGGCAAAUACACGAUCAGAUGUGGACUACUCGGAUGAACACUGUCAUUUGAUUUUACCAGACUCUGAAGCAAACAAAGAUGUGAAAGGAGCAGGUCACAAAGGAAAGCAAAAAUUCAAAGUGAAGGAAAUGUAUCUGACAAAGCUUCUGUCAACCAAGGUUGCAAUUCAUUCAGUUGUUGAAAAGCUCUUCAGGAGCAUUUGGAGUUUACCCAACAAUAAAGCACCUGUUGCCAUCAAGUACUUUUUUGACUUUCUGGAUGCCCAAGCUGAGAGCAAAAAAAUUACUGACCCUGAUGUGGUCCAUAUCUGGAAAACCAACAGUCUUCCUCUUCGCUUCUGGGUGAACAUACUGAAGAAUCCCCAAUUUGUCUUUGAUAUUAAGAAGACUUCACAUAUAGAUGGCUGUUUGUCUGUAAUCGCACAAGCUUUCAUGGAUGCCUUUUCUCUAGCAGAACAGACACUGGGGAAGGAAGCACCGACAAAUAAACUUCUCUAUGCUAAGGACAUUCCACUCUACAAGAAGGAGGUGAAAGCGUAUUAUAAAGCCAUCAGGGAUCUGCCUCCACUGACCACUUCAGAGGUUGAAGAAUUUCUAACUCAGGAAUCUAAGAAACAUGAAAAUGAAUUUAAUGAGAAAGUGGCCUUGAUUGAAAUCUACAAAUACAUAGUGAAAUAUUAUGAUGAGAUUGUCAGCAAACUUGAGCGAGAACGGGGGUUUGAAGAAGUCCAGAAACAGCUCCAGCAAGUAAAAGCCUUAUUUGAUGAAAAGAAAAAAUGCAAAUGGCUUUGAGCAGAGCACUGACUCACAGUGUCGAUGUGGGGGAUUUUAAAUAAGCGCUACUGCUCCC